GUAGCAAUUUGCGAGAUCCACUACCGCCGUGUGCAAAGCCAUCGGAUCUGGGUGGCCAGCACUGUUCAGCGAUCCACCUGUACCCAUAUGACAUGUGUGAUUCCAGCCGUCAGAUAAUUCAGCUGCGACGAUAAGAUAGGCUUGAGAUCUAAAUUCUACAUGUACAGAUAGUAUACUACUACACACGUAGAAUUUCUGCAAGCAGCUUGAUCGCCUACGAGACGCUCACCGGUGUGAUCUCCGAUGGAGUGACAACAGCGUCGUCCGUGCGAGUUCGACGCGCGACUGGUGCCCCGUUUUGCUCGUUCGCGUGGCAUCGACAGCGUUGUUAAAGCAGCGACAGCUACGCGAGCUUUGGCGCGAGCCAACGAACUGAAGCACUUCAACCAGGCUGGGCUCGCGCCCUUGACGCUGAGCGGGGCGGUGGCAACGACGACACUUUCGGCGCGGCACCGCAGCAGCUACAUGUAGAGCGCUCGUGUUGCCGCAGAAUUCAGGCCGCGCUGAUGGGCAACCUUCGAGUCAUGCCCAAAUAUUCUAGAUCAAAUAUUGCCUUGAUCGAUCGAAUCAGAAAAAUCCACAGUCCAUCUGCUUGAUCCACGACAAUUGCCCGAAAGGCACCGCCAUGCACGGUAGCGGAGGAGCUAUUGCACCGUGCAGAGCUGCUGCUCGCCGUGCACUCCACCGAUAUCAUCAUCGUGUGACUGGCAACGAAGCACCAAGACGAAGCGCGCAAAAUUGCACCGAGACAAACUUCAUCAAGACGAGCAGCAGCAACUUCAGUCAGUGGUUUCCGAAAUUUUGGCCGUGACGAUCGCGUCAAUGGAUGAACCGUCGCUGGCCAUAUGGUGUGAACUGACUUGUUUUUUUGCCGUCAUUUAUUCGGUAAUUUACGCUGGUUCCGUUUUGCCUUGGCAACCGCCGCCCCAUUCAGGCUCUCCCCCCACUCUGUAUUUUUCUCUUGGCGCAGUCGAAAGACGAAGACAGAGCUCACCACCCGAGGCGCGGGCGGUCCCCUUGAUAAAUAGUCCAGAGUUUGACACAGAUACACUAAAUCAUGCCGUUCGGCCGCCGCUGCUUCGCGCUGCUGGCGCCGCUACUGCUGGCCUCGGCCGUGCAGGCCAAGAACUACUUUAACCAGUCGGCAGGCUACGUGAUCGAAAUCUCCACGGACGACUGGAGCAACUACGACAAGAAUGGCGGCUGCGUGACGUGCCCGUACACGUGCAUCGCGCCCACCGAAAGCUACGACGGCAGUACCAUUAACGCCAGUAACACGACCAUGACAGCGUCGCUGCCCAGCAUCUACACGCAGGUCAAGAGCAACGGCUGCUGCUACUCAUCGACCUCCACCACGCAGCCCUCGUGCUCCACGGAGGCUUCCCCCUCUACCGCUGAGAACUGCGGCUUCCUGUACGGCCCCACGCUCGAGUGGCGUAUCAACAACGCGCUUAAGCCGCUGAGCGACUCCAUGACCGCCAUCCUCUUCGCCUCCACGGACUGCGAGACUUUCUGGGCCGUCGGUAAGCAGGACAUUCGCUACACGAGUAACACAAAGAGUAUCAAGGGAUCCAAGAUGAUCCAGAGCGGCUGCUAUGGUGACCCUAGUGGCACUCCCAUGAUCCUCAGUGGCUGCCUCACUAGUCAGUUGACCUACUCUAAGACCAAGACGUACACGUGGAAGAACCUGGCCGAGAAGUGCGAGGGUCUCGCUGGACGGUGCGUCAUCACGAACGCUGUCUGGGAGAAGCAUCUCGAAUGCUGCACGUCACGUACGGGUCUGGCCUCGGACUGGGACACGACGUUCGAGACGUACACCAAGACUGCCUCCAAGACGACCACGCUGAGUGGGGCUGCAAUCACGGCCAUCGUCAUCGGCGGCGUGGCGCUGCUCAUGUGUCUCAUCCAUUUCGGCGCCAAGGUGCGUGAACGCGCUCGCCAGACGGCUCUGAUGCGCGAACAGGAGGCCACCGACGACUACGAGGAGAUCAUGACGCCGCUGACGGCCGGCGAGAAACAGCCUGUGGCACUGCAGCGUCCCAUCGGCCCUGCCAGUCUGGAAGUCUCACUGCACGAGGGCGACCAGAUCUACCGCAAGAAAGAGGACGAGGUGCUCUUCGAGGGCGACAUGUACUAGGUUUUCAUAUUCCCUCAGGACAGUGCAAUGUCGUUUGGAAAUUGCUUCUUGUCUCGCUCAAAAUUCAUCCCUAUUUUGUUUUGUCUAGACUUA